GAUUUAUUAAGAUAUACUCACGCCAGCGAUCUUCGAUAGUAUAUAAAGUCUCAGAGCUGAGACAGGCAUAAGACACCUGCCCCUCUGCGUCAGCCUUGGCUUUUUCUCGGAGGUCUUACUCCGAGUUCCCCUAUUUGACCGCACGACUGGGCCUUAUAACCUCCACCGUCCGGACAACUCUCAGGAAAUGUGGUCCUCACUCUCGCUUUUGGGUCUCGCAGCUUGCUCCAGUAUUUGCAGUGCCACAUCCAUAUCGUCGCCAUUGGCUCUCUAUGGGAGGCACACGGCAGGUCUCAGCGCGGACAAGCUUGCGAAAAUCCGCGAUAACGCAUAUGCCGUAACCAACCAGAGUUGGGAAUACGGCACGCUCCUAGAAGCCUUGACAGAACUCGAAUGGCCCUCCCUCUCUGUAUUUGCUGGAAAGGCCGUGAACACAGAGUCAUUAAAUUCUUGGUCACCAAUUGCGACCGAUGUCGUGACACUCGCGACUCAGAUCGUCAAUAAUAAGACUCACAGUGAACUUCCUCUCAUCGAUGGGGCCGGUGCCACUGGAGACCCAGCCAGCAUCGGCAUUGCUGUUCUACUAACCAAUUGGACGCUCCCCCGAUGGUCGGAUGAUAAGGAGUUCGCAGUCGCAGCCGAGGAGCAGCUAUACUAUUUAUUAAAUGUGGCGCCCAGAGGUGACAAUGGGGCGAUAUCUCAGAGAGUGAGCCAGGUUCAGCUCUGGUCCGAUGCGGUGUACAUGUUUCCUCCAUUCUUGGCUUACUACGGUGCACUUCAAAGCAACUUUUCGUUGCUAUACGAAUCCUACAAUCAAGUCAAGCUAUAUCGCGAGACGCUCCUCGACCCGAAUGGGACCGGACUCUGGAGACAUAUCGAGCUUGGAACGUCCAUCGACAACCACCUGUGGGGCACAGGCAAUGGCUGGGCGGCUAUGGGCAUGAUGCGCGUCCUACAGACUAUCGCAGAUAGUGAUUUCUCCGAGGAGCUGAGAAGCGAACAGGAUGACUUAGUAUGGUGGAUCGGCGAUUUGUUGGAUGCGACAUGGAAAUAUCAGGGAGAAAACGGCACACUUUUCAACUACGUAAACGACCCGAGUUCAAUCAGUGAUACUUCGACCACCGCCAUGAUAGCCUCAGCAACCUAUCGUUUCGCCACUUUCAACGACAACCGCAAGCACAUUGAAGCAGCCGACCAGGCGUAUCAGCUCGUCGUCGACAGCAUCAAUCAGGACGGCUGGCUACUCAACGCAGUCGACCCACUGUUGUGGAAUGUGCAUGAAACACCAGGGUCAUGGAGUCCGGAGGCACAGUCUUUCGUGUUACUCGUACAUGCGGCGUGGAGAGAUUUCCAUAAUGCUCGAGUAUGAAUUUCUGUGCCAGGUUUCGAGGAGUGUGAUGAAAUUAUUGUAAUUAAAAUGUGAUAUUUCUC